AUGGGCGUUUCUGGUAUUCAUGUUCUUCACGGUCCGGUCGACAACGUUCCUGUGCGUCCCCAGUCCCCUCUCAUCCUCACGGACUUCCUUCACGAUGUCUCGAAAAAAGGGAAAGGGGAAAAGCUAACCGGUGUCAUGCAAACCUCUCUCAGCACUCGUAGCGGAUCGCCAGCAGAGUCCGAGUCUCAAGCCGCCGCCCACAGCAGCAGCAGCAUAUGGGAGCAAAACCCGGAGCUGUGCCGCAACCCGGAGCACCAAUUCCUGCACGACGAGUCCGACUACAACGCCGCGCUCGCCACCGCCUCGCCCGCACGCAUCGCCAAAGUGUCCAUCCUCUACGGCGACCCGAACCCGACGUACGAACGCGCGCUGCGCACGCACGAGCUGCACAACCGCAUCCACGGCGUGCGCGGCUACGUGAUGCGCGACCAGGUCCUCGACGGCGUGUGGAACAAGCCGGCAUACAUCCUCUCCAUCCUCGCCGAAGAACUCCAAAAACCUCCGGAGACGCGGCUGGAGUGGCUGCUCUGGGUCGACGGCGACACCAUCGUGCUGAACCCGUGCGUGCCGCCAGCCAAGUUCCUGCCACCGACGCCGGACGUGCACGUCGUCGUGGCCAACGACGGCAACGGGCUCAACAACGGCAUCUUCCUGCUGCGCGUCAACAGCUGGGCGCUCGAGCUGUUCGCGGGCGUCGUGGGCUUCCGGCACCUGCUCCCCGGCGAGGAGCUGCGCUUCAACGACCAGAGCGCCAUGGAGCGGCUGCUGCACGAGGACAAGUUCCGCCGCAACGUCGCCUACGUGCCGCAGCGCUGGUUCAACGCCUACCACGCCUUCCAGAACGAGACGCUCGGCCCCGAGCGCGUGCGCCGCGGAGACUUCCUCAUACACUUCGCCGGCCGUGGUAAUCGCAACGAGGAGAUGCAGUACUGGCUCGAUAUCGCCGAGCACCACCGGCCCGACUGGGAGCUAGCUUUCUACAAGACCGCUUAUCCUGAGGAGAUUGUCGACUAUUGGAAUGCGUGGUUGAAUGACAGGAAUUCCGGGACUGACUCGGAAAAGAAAGAGGGCGGAGAAUGA